AUGGCCAAAGAAGUGGACCUGAGAGAGAAGGAACUGACCCAUCAGGUUCACAGAGAGAUGCUGGUCAGGUCUCUGGAAGAGGUCAAAGCCUUGACACCAGUCCUCAUCAGUGCUGUCAAAAUAUUUGUAUCCACUAAGAGCCAAGGUGCUGGUGGUGUAAAAGAAUCUCAAGGAAACAGAGAUUUUGUAGUUCGCAAGCUGUGUGAUGAAAUCAAUGAAAUAAUCCGUGUGCUGCAGCUGACCACAUAUGAUGAGGAUGAGUGGGAGGCAGAUGAUCUUGCUGUCAUGAAGAAAGCACAAAAUGCUAUUAGUGGGAAGAUGAAGCAGGCCUCUGACUGGUUGUUGGAUCCUUUUGGACCAGCAGGUGGUGCUGGUGAGCAGGCAAUCCACCAGAUGUUGGAGGAUGCCAUGAAGGUUGCUGACUGCUGUGCCAACCCAGAAGACAGAGAGGCCAUUGUAAAAGCUGUAGGUGACAUACAGUCAAUGGUGGAUGCUCUCUCUGAACUCAGGGCACAAGGAAAGGGAGAUACCCCUCAAGCAGUGUCACUGGCCAGAGGCAUCCAGCAGAAACUAGCAGAGCUUCAGCAGAAGGUCAACAAGGCCGUGGCCAAUCAGGAAAAGGCUGAAGUUCUCAAAAUGGCGCACACUGUGGCAGGAAAAGUGGACCAGGCUCAAAGAUGGCUGCAGAAUCCUGCCCUCAAUGAUGGUGGUCUUGGUGAGCAGGCUGCCCGCAGCGUGGUGCAGGAGGCGCGAAAAGUAGCUGAUCUUUUGGAAGGCACUGAAAGGACUAACCUUCAUAAACUCUGUGAUGAGACUGAGAAACUGACCAAUCAGCUAGCAGAUCUUUGCAGAAAAGGAAUGGGCAACAGUCCCCAAGCAAAAGCCAUUGCCAGGAAUUUGUCUGAAAAACUCAAUGAACUAAAGAACAAAGUUUCCAAGGCCCUGGUUCAGAAAGUGGCAGACGACUUUAUGGACAUCACAACUCCUCUCAAACAACUUACUGAUGCAGCAUUAGCUCCUCCAGGCAUGCCAGGCAGAGAAGAAAACUUCCAAGACAAGGCUCACAAAUUUGACCAACAUUCUAAGCAGCUGGCCAACACGGCCAGGUUGGUGGCAGCGGCGGGUGCAGGGGACAACAAAAGACAAGUGGAGGCCAUCAAUUCCACUUCUCAGCAGAUCAAUGAUCUCACACCCCAAGUGAUCCAGGCAGCCAAGGUUGUCCUCCUGAACCCCCAGAACCAGGCAGCCCAGGAAAACUUUGACCUCAUGAAGAAACAAUGGACAGACAAUAUGGAGAAACUGAGAGGGCUGGUAGAUGAGGCUACAGACACUGUGGCACUGAUCAAAGCAGCAGAGGAGGGCAUUCUCAGAGACACAGAGAAGACAGAGAGUGCCAUCAAGAGGGGAGAUGCCCAGGGCAUAGUUAGUAACACUUCAAACAUAGCUCGUCUGGCAAACCGUGUGGUACAGGCUGGCGAAAAAGAGGCAGAGAACAGUGAAGACCCUGCAUAUGUGCAGAAAGUUGGCUCUGCCACUGAAAACCUUAAGGCCAGCAUAGCCCCCAUGGUGAGGGAUGCUAAGAUUUUAGCCUCCAAUCCCAGAGAUCCCAGUGCUGCAAACAAUUGGAGGGCCUCAAACAAUAGGCUAAUAGAUGGCGUGCAGGGUGUUCGUGGCGUGGUCGAAGAGGCAGAAUUCCCUCCACCUCCAGAUCUGAGUCAACUCCGUCUAGAAUCUCCAAUACUAGCAGACCCAGAGUUCAUGAAAAUAUUUAACCUGGAUCCAGAAAGAGUUUACUUUGGUUCUGGCGGCCAUGAUGUACCAGAUCAUAGCAAUGUAACACAAGGUGCUCCCAACUAUGGUUCCCAGUAUCCACCGCCGCCUCCACCUCUUCCAUCUUCCAUGCUGCAGAGAGAAGAUGCCCCUCCCAGACCUCCCCUCCCACAAGAGAGCGUGCCCCCAAGGCCACCUCCUCCAGAGACAGAUGAUGAGGAUGAGGAGACAUUUGAGAGACGUUAUCCAGAGCCCCAAGCCAAUCAGCCGAUUAUGAUGGCUGCCCAUGCUCUACAUAGGGAAGUCAAACAAUGGUCCAGUAAAGACAAUGAGAUUAUCGCUGCAGCUAAAAGGAUGGCAAUGCUUAUGGCGAAGCUCUCUCAGCUUGUCAGAGGUGAUGGCGGGUCCAAGAAGGAGCUGAUAGCUACAGCUAAGCAGAUUUCAGAGGCCUCCGAGGAGGUGACUAAGCUAGCUAAGAAACUAGCCCAGGAGUGCACAGACAAGAAGAUGAGAACAAAUCUCCUCCAAGUGUGUGAGAGAAUCCCCACCAUAGGUACCCAGCUGAAGAUCCUGUCCACUGUAAAAGCUACCAUGUUAGGAGCACAAGAACCAAUUGCAGCUCCAGAUGGGAGUGAGAUAGCUUGUGGUUCAGAAGAAGACCAGGAAGCCACAGAGAUGCUGGUGGGCAAUGCACAGAACCUCAUGCAAGCUGUGCGCGAAACAGUGCGUGCUGCUGAGGCUGCCUCCAUUAAGAUACGUGUUGAUUCUGGCUACUCCAUGCGCUGGGUACGACGCAGUCCAUGGUAUGCAACGUAAGAAACGAAAUUGAGGGUCUCACUGAUUGCUGUUGAACCUUGGCUGGAAAGACAUUUGACUGAUGCACCAACUUAGAACUGCUGUAGACAAUGGUUGGAAUGAUAGAGUUUCUGUAGAUAUUUUAGAAUUCUACCUUGUAGUAAAGGAGAAUGAUAUGUGAUUAUAUUAUAUUAUAUUUUAUUGCCUACAAGUGCAUAUACAUACUGUCUUAUAUACAAGGGCCAUUUGAUAUAAUUUUUUAAAAACAUGUUGAUUAAAAUCUGGUUUUCAGAUGUUAAUUGGAGCAUAAUUUUAUGCAAGCUUUCUGUAUCUAACUAUAUAUAUGCAAAAUACUGAAAAUAGUAUUUUAUAUGUUAACGGUAAGAAAAAAAGCCAGUUGUACUUUAGGGUAAAAUCAUUAGAAGAAAAGUCUCACUCUAAAAAGAAUAAUUGAAUUUAAAUGGACAGGUGAUUAUAUAAAGAAGACUUGGGUGAGGAUGUGUUUUGUGCUUUCAUUCGUGCACAAUGGUCCAUUGGGAAGUUAAUUAAAUUGUAUCCAUUAAAUUUUCAACUGUUGGCAGCCAAAGGUAACAAGUUGAAGGUUGGCAAGUUCUUGGUCUUCGAGGUAAUAGAACAUGUGUUGCUAUAUGGUGUAAAAGUACAUUUACUGCUAAAAAAGGAUAUUAAUCGGCCGAAAGCUUUAUAUUAUGUGGAAUAAUGACAUGUAACUGCCUAACAUAUCUUAAGAUAUAUUGGUCUACCAGCUAGUCACUGCUUUCAUAUUUAUGUGGUUUAAUUACAAAAGAUAGAACAGCAAGCUUUAGGAAAUAUAACAUUUUCUUUCAGUGGUCUUCUAAGCUUUGGUUUCUUCUGUAACUGUGUCUGAAGUAGCCAUCUAAUUGAAUUGUAUAAUGAAAACUAGGAAGUGAUAAAAAGUCAAUGAGAGGAUGUUAGUAAUUUCUAUUAAAUUAAAAAGCAUUUUAAGUAUUUGCAAUGACAAUAACUUAUCAAUUAAAUUUUUGACAUUUGUUUGAUGUAUUCAUUAGUGAAAUCAAUCUCCCUUAUGCAAAUAGAGUUUUGUGGAAUUCACUAAAAAGAAAUGAAACUUGAGCAAGAAGAGUCAAUUUGUUACAUUGUUUGAAAUGCUUUCAAGGCAGCACGUGGUACUAUUUUUUCAUAGCAGAUGGCUUUUUUUACAUUUGCAUCUGUUCUGCUCUAGCGUUCUGCCCUAGUGAAACAUAACCACUGACAUUACAUAUCGAGUACUGUAUGAUCUAUUCUAAAUAAUUUUGAAACACUUUUCUCACAAAAAAUUAAAAACUUUUAAAAAAUUACAAACUUUUGUCACAAAAUUGAAAACAAUGUUUUGGGGACCAUUUUCAUGUAGAUUGUUUGGAUGAAAAGUUCGAUUUAGAGAAAAACUGUAGAGCUUCUAUAGAAAUUCUAGCACAUUCUGUUUGUUUGAAUUUAUGUGACUCGUCUAUAGAGAUCUAACAUCAUCUGGGAACUGAUUAACCAAGAACAUUGCUCUUGGAAGAUAUAUCAGUUCAUGUGGCGCAUAAUGGAUUACAAGGUGCCUGGACCUUUGUGCCGGAAUCUGCACUUAGUUUGGCUAAGAAUUGAUUUACAUGAUUUUGAUUAAGAGAUUUCAAUUAAUCUGGCUGAGUUGCGAUGGCUAUAGAUUCGGCUGAUAUCAUGGUGAUUAAAAAGCUUUGAUGAAAUGGUAUUUUACCAUUAGGUAUCAGACUGGGUCUGAAUGCUUUUCUUAGCUUGUCAGUAAAAGACAAAGGGUCUAGACUGAUGAAAAUAGAUGUCUGAUUUCCUUGAGUUUUGUGCCAAUGUAAUGAAAGUUACUCCACACAUUAGUGUCUUACAGGGCAUUUAUUGAAAAUUAAGAUUUGAGUAAGGAAAUUUUAUACUGAAAUGUGAUCAUGAAUUUGUAUAUUUGAAUUUGCACUGACUAUGCCUUAAUCUAUUUGAACUUACUAGACAAUUCAUAUACCAUUGUUAUUAUUAUAAAAAUAUCAUAUUAAUUUUUAAGACGUAUCUUACAGCUUAUGCACUGUAGCUCAUAUGAGUAUAUAUUAUAAAUUAUGAUCCAUGAUAACCUGUAUAUUUAGGAUUGUUAUGCA